GCUGGACCCAGUGUGGUGAUCUGAAAGCACCCAUAGGAAUGGCUGCAAAAGCCCACACCUGGAAAUCACUCCCUCCCUGCCCCUCCACGGCAGGUUUCACAUGGGAGCUACCCAGGCCAUUGGAGGAAUGAGCCGAGAGUCAGCACUUCUGUAGCUCACCAGCACUUGGUGGGAGGCAGCAGGCAAGGAUGGACGUGGUUGACAGCCUUCUUGUGAAUGGAAGCGACGUCGCCCCUCCCUGUGAACUCGGGCUCGAAAAUGAGACACUUUUCUGCUUGGAUCGGCCCCUUCCCUCCAACGAGUGGCAGCCAGCAGUGCAGAUCCUCUUGUAUUCCUUGAUAUUCCUGCUCAGUGUGCUGGGAAACACGCUGGUAAUCACAGUGCUGAUUCGGAACAAGAGGAUGAGGACAGUCACCAACAUCUUCCUGCUCUCCCUCGCUGUCAGCGACCUCAUGCUUUGCCUCUUCUGCAUGCCAUUCAACCUCAUCCCCAACCUACUCAAGGACUUCAUAUUUGGCAGUGCUGUUUGCAAGACCACCACCUACUUCAUGGGCACCUCUGUGAGUGUAUCCACCUUUAAUCUGGUCGCCAUAUCUCUGGAGAGAUACGGUGCGAUUUGCAAACCCUUGCAGUCCCGGGUCUGGCAGACAAAGUCCCAUGCGUUGAAGGUGAUUGCUGCUACCUGGUGUCUCUCCUUUACCAUCAUGACUCCGUACCCAAUUUAUAGCAACUUGGUGCCUUUUACCAAAAAUAACAACCAGACAGCGAAUAUGUGCCGCUUUCUGCUACCAAAUGAUGUUAUGCAGCAGUCCUGGCACACGUUCCUGUUACUCAUCCUUUUUCUUAUUCCUGGAAUUGUGAUGAUGGUGGCAUAUGGAUUAAUCUCUUUGGAACUCUACCAAGGAAUAAAAUUUGAUGCUAGCCAGAAGAAAUUUGCUAAAGAAAGGAAGCUCAGCACCGGCAGCAGUGGCAGAUACGAAGACAGUGAUGGGUGUUACCUGCAGAAGUCCAAGCACCCCAGGAAGCUGGAGCUGCAGCAGCUGUCCACCCGCAGCAGCAGCAGCAGUAGCAGGGUCAGCCGCAUCAGGAGCAGCAGCUCCGCAGCCAACCUGAUGGCCAAGAAGCGGGUGAUCCGCAUGCUCAUCGUCAUCGUGGUCCUCUUUUUCCUGUGCUGGAUGCCCAUCUUCAGCGCCAACGCCUGGCGGGCCUACGACACCGCUUCGGCCGAGCGCCGCCUCUCUGGGGCCCCCAUUUCCUUCAUCCUCCUGCUCUCCUACACCUCUUCCUGUGUCAACCCCAUCAUCUACUGUUUCAUGAACAAAAGGUUCCGCCUCGGCUUCAUGGCCACCUUCCCCUGCUGCCCCAACCCUGGCCCUGCAGGAGUGACCGGGGAGGUGGGCGAGGAGGAGGAAGGUAGGAGCACAGGGGCCUCUAUGUUAGGUACUCACAUAGUCACAUGAGUGCUUCUGCCCAACCCCCAUGAGCUGUCCUGGGGCCCUCCACUGCAGACGGAAGGGGUGGGAGCUGGGGGGAGGAAGAAGAGGAGGAGGAAUAGAAGAAAACAGCAGGAGGGGGAGAAGGAAGGCUCCAUUUCCAGUUGGAACGAUUUCUUGUGCUUUUCAUCCAUAAUCUGGGUUCCAGAGGGGGAGCCCCUCUGGGGUAGGUUAGUUUAUAGGCUGUUUCAAAGCAGGAACUUUUCAAUAGCAUUAACCAUCAAAAGAACCUGAGCAGGCCAGUAACAAGAGCCCAGCGGGGCUCAUGCUGCAAAUGUAAUUGCCAAGCUCAUAUUCAAAAUGGAGAUGUAGACCCUACUGAGCUUUAGAGGAUUCUGGAACAUCCAAGGUGGGCACUCACUCCCCAUAGUGACGCAUCUCUACGCUCUGCUUCUUCUCCUGGUGUAGGAUUGUGGAGGCUCUCUGCCUCUGGGGAGCCCACCAUGCUUUCAAGUAUAUACUGUA